AAAUGCAGAAGCGCUUUUAUUCCCUGCCGACCGGAAGAGGCCGUUCGGUGGUUUUUUUUUUUGCCUUGUCUCUUGUAGAAAAAGCGGCGUUGCUGCAUUUCAGAUGUUUCUUUAAUUAAAUUGCUGUAAGAACUAUAGAAGUGCACCCGUGAAAAUGAGUUGUCUGUGGAUGGGGAACCUGGAGCCCUAUAUGGAUGAGAAGUUCAUCUCGAGAGCCUUUGCCACCAUGGGGGAGCUGGUCGUGGGGGUCAGGAUCAUCCGCAACAAGACAACGUGGGGUGCAGCGGGCUACUGCUUUGUGGAGCUCGCAGACGAAGCCACAGCUGAACGCUGCCUUCGAAAGAUCAACGGGAAGCCGCUGCCCGGGGCCACACCGCCAAAGAGGUUCAAGUUGAACAGAGCCACCUAUGGCAGACAGGGAGAGACAAGAAACAGAGGUGGUUAUGCAGACAACAGAUACUCCCAGCCCUACCCUUACAGCCACAACCAGUACUACCCACACUACCCCAACUACUACUCCAACUGGGGUUAUGACCAGAACUCGCCCAACUAUGGCUACAACUACAACCAGUAUGACUACUCCUCACAGAUGUAUGAUGAGGUAGAAGAUGAUGGGCUGGAAGACCCCAACGUUGAGCUGGAUGUUAUGGAGGCCAACCGGCAGUUCAUGGAGGACAGCGAGGAGCUGUAUGAUGCCCUGAUGGAUUGCCACUGGCCUCCCCAGGAUUACCCAGGAGUCCCUGUGACUGCCUAGGACCCCCCUACAUACCAUAAAGGGUUUUCAGUUGUGUGACUCCUGUCCAUAGGGACCACUCUGACUGUUUGGAUUAUAGCAACCCUGUGCAGGAUGGGCAGCAGUUUGUUUGAAGUACAAUAGUCUUUUACGUCUUCCCCCAGAGGAUGUAGGAAACAAGUUUUCUUUUUUUCUUAAAGCCAAUAAACCCCUUUGCUGGGUGGCUUGUUUGUCUUUUUUUUUGUUUCCCACUUUUAUGACACAUUAUUAUAGUGCUGAGACUUGCCUCGUAUCGGGAGUCCUCACUAUGAUUCCCUCUCAUUUGAUGUAUAAUUGAACUGAAAAGUACUGUCGUUUGAUGUAUAACUGAAGUGAAAAAUACUAUGUAUUAAAGGUUAAAGUCAGUAUUAAGUAGAUAUUUUGAAUAUUAGUGCAAGUAAUAAUCCAUACCUUCUUACUUAUUUCUCUUUCAGUUUAUGCAACACGGAAUGUACUAUAUUUCUGACCCAGCUCCUUUGUGGAAUUUGUGAUGGAUUGAGCUCAGUGUGCCCUGUGACAUGAUUGACCACAUUUUGAAUUUGUGCUGCUUGAACAUAUCUCCAAAUGUAGUGAAAUAAUAUAUUUUUUUUUUAUCUGCAGAAAAAUUACAAAUGCAGAACUAAACAAGCUGAAUCACAAAGGCACCUCAGCCAUUUUCCUAAAAUACCCAUUUAGAAGUACUUUAUCCUAGGACAAGGUAGUUAAUUUGUAAAAAUGAAUAAAGUGUAUUUUCAUGUCUCUGGCCUGCCUUCUACAGUAUGA